CAAUUUUAUACAAUGUUUCCACACGGACCCACUUCUAUGUUACUCUUUAAAUGGAUCGGUCUUAACGCCGACUUGUAAAUACAGCUGUACUUUAUUUUAUGUGUUUAUUUCACUUUAGUUUAAUUUGUGGUUCUUUAUAUCAAAGGGGAAGCAAUGAUGGUCCUGAGGUUUCUCCCUAUGAGACUCUUCUAGAAUCAUCCAGAAGCCAGGAUGCUCGAGAAGCCUUUUUCUGUCCCAGUGAAGUUCUCUCUAAAAGAAGUGUACUACUGAAGAUGUCGGAGAAGCUGGAAGUGCUCUUGGUUGGAGAAGGAAACUUCUCCUUCUCGGUAUCUGUGUGUGAAUCCGGUGAUGCUAAGAGUAUAACCGCCUCCUGUUUACAAACCGAGCAGCAAUCCCUGGCUCAGGAGCUCGCAGCACACAACAUCCAGGUCCUCAGAGACCGAGGUUGCACGGUGCUUUUUGAGGUGGACUGCACACGUCUAAACGAACACAAUGUCAUCCGGCACCUUGCUUACGACCGCAUCAUUUUCAAUUUUCCUCACUAUGGCCGGAAAAGCGGCGUCAAGAAGAACCGCACUCUCUUAUCCAAAUUCUUCAUAAGCUGUGCUGAAGUGCUCAAGGCUGACGGACAAGUGCAUGUGGCUUUAUGCAAUGGCCAAGGAGGCACUCCAUUUGACAACCCGAUAAGAGAAUGGCACAACAGUUGGCAGGCGGUCGCCAUGGCAGCCGAGGCCGGCCUCAUUCUCAGCGAGAUCCGUCCUUUUGAUCGCGACAGAUAUCAAGGAUACAAAUGCACGGGUUACAGGAGUCAAGAUAAAGGUUUUCAUGUGGAAGGUGGGCUGAACCAUGUUUUUACCCGGAGCUUGCCAUACACAAUGCCCAAGAAACUGAAAAUGGACACUGUAGUUGGGAAGGAGAUGGUUAGCUUUGAGCUUCCUGAGGAGUUGAGCGAAUACGUGAACAGGGAUUUCCUCAGUCGACAGUCGUGCCAUCCUGUCAAACUCGUGCUGGAGCAGUUGCUCAGAGAGGUCAAAUCUUUAUGGCCUGUAUGUUCAGUGAGCGGCAACUUUCCAGAGUUGCUCAGUUGCUCCCAAGACAAACUCCAGGCAUGUGGGUCAAACCUGAGCUCCUCGGAAAUCUACUGGAUCAAGCCGAUUGACAAGGACUGUGAGCCAACGGAAGACCAGCAGUUCUCCAGCAGUAGCUAUAUGCUACGGCCAUCUUUGUUAAUGCAUGCAGAGGAAAUUACGCAGCUUGAGGAUUUUAGCCCCGGAACCUUCUAUGCGCUUAGUGGGUUGGUUUUUCAAAGAACUCCCAUCGCUCCAAACCGCUCCCCUGCUUACCAUCAGCUUCUUCUAAUUGCUGUUUUACCUUCUGAAUCCCAACCGGACCAGAGCCUCCAAAAUAACCUGGAGGCUCUUCUUGGUCCUUAUAAAGUCUCGUUUGAGAAGGAGGAGCUAGGUGAGGAGCAUCGAGUGAGGUUAAUUUCACAGGAACUCCACAAUUUUGGCCAAAUAACUUGCGUCCCCUCUCCUCGAUCUAAACUCCCACACUAUAAAAGCUCAAUUUUGACCUUGCUGCUAAAUCUGGAUCACCUUGCAACCCUGACCUUCUCAAUCCCUGACUGGCGCCUAAUGUGGACCUCAGACCCACGUUUCCUGGCAGGCUUUGAACCUGGUACCCAAGUGCCUGCCACAUUUCAGCCAUUUUCGCUCUACCCACCGAGUUACACCCAUGACGUGAGUUUCUGGAUGGAGCCAGACACAUUUGACGAACUUGACUUUCACGAGGCAGUCCGCGUAGCCACGUGCGGCGCCGUAAAGAGCAUACAGCUUGUAGACAGGUUCCGUCACCCCCACAUGGGACAUGCUAGCCUGUGCUACCGAUUGUCAUAUCAGUCGCCAGAUCGUGCCCUGUCUCGCACCCGAGUGCUGGACCUGCAAAACCAGCUGCGCACACUACUGCCUCUACGCUUGAACAUCACCCUGCGGUAAUCAAGGAGUCUUUUCUUGUGAAAGCAGAAACAUUACGCAAGUACCUCAGUCUCAAGUAAACACAAGAUGAGCCAUACCAAUAAUGGUUACACCCUAGAUUUUAUUUAAGUUUUAUACUUGACACCAUAUUCAGGUCAAUGAACCGAUAGAAGCUCAUUGGAUUAAAGAAAUAUGCAUCUAAAAAAAGCUAGCAUGUUUUCUAUUAGUGUUUUCGUACCAAGGCCUUAUUUCCUUAUCAAGGCACUACAUACCAACAGGACACUGGAGUAUUUUUCCACGUCUUGCUCUAAUUUAAAAGGCAAACAAAACUAAUAACUUUGGUUAAUUUGCUAUUUGAUUCAUAUUUCAUGCCAGGGCUUAAUAUAUGAUGGAAUAAUUGAUUUAAAUAAUAUUUUUAUUAGUAUUUUAGUUUUCUUUAGUCAUUAUCCAGAACACAUCUUUACAUUCAAGGGGUAUUAAAUGACUUUUUAUGCUCUAGUCCACACCCAGGAUUAAUUCUGCGCUUGUUUAUUUUACAAAAGAAUUUCUCAAUUGAAACAGAUUGUUUGCGCAAACUUGUUUUUUUACUGUUGCUGGAAUUGAUGCAUCCGUAGAGGUUUCUAUGUUCUAUCGAAUACCUUCUUUUAUUGCUAUAACAAAAAGUGCAUGACCUCAAUGUGCAUCAAGCCAGUAAUAAUCAGUCAAUGUUUAUGCACCAAACCUAAUGAGAACAUGAAAUCUUUAAAAUCUUACUUAUCGACCCUUUAAUUUUCUUCUGGUUCUAAAAGGAGCUUCAUGAGUACGCUGCAUCAUGUGACAAAUUUUAAUGGCUUGAUAAUUGUUUAUUGUUUGAUGAUUGGAUUAUAUUUAUGGAUCUGUUUAUGGUGAAUAUAAUACUGAAUAAAAUUUUAUAUCACUUCA